CUUAUUCUAUGCUUUUAUUAAUGGUUGUUCUAGGAUCCUUAUUUUAGAAUGACCCGGGAUGUAGCACCUAGAAUUGGACAGCCUAAACCAGCCUUACUGCACUCAGUCUUCUUCCCAGCCCUGCAAGGAGCACAGACAAAAAUGAGUGCUAGUGAUCCCAACUCCUCCAUCUUCCUCACUGAUACACCCAAACAAAUCAAGACAAAGAUUAACAGGCAUGCCUUCUCAGGAGGCAGGGAUACUAUUGAAGAGCACAGGAAGUACGGAGGUAACUGUGACGUUGACGUGUCUUUUAUGUACCUGACUUUCUUCCUAGAAGAUGAUGACAGGCUUGAACAACUGAAGCAGGCAUAUACAAGUGGGGAAUUGCUCACAGGGGAGCUGAAGAAGGUUCUUAUUGAAACAUUGCAGCCCUUGAUAGCAGCUCAUCAAGAGAGACGGAAGCAGGUCACAGAUGAAAUGGUGAAGCAAUUCAUGACUCCACGGAAGCUAGCUUUUGAAUUUUGAAGAAGCGCGUAUGUAACUUACCCCUUGAUAAACCAAAACUAAGUAAUUGUUGUCUUCUGUUGUAUGUCAUCACUCCCUGGUUAUGUACAGCCUGCAAUCAGUGCUUUAUAAAUAUUGCUUUUAAUGAUUGCUUUUAAUGAGUUAAUUACAAUGAACGUCAGAGUAAAGGAAAAGUUUAAAAUAAGACCUGUAUCUAUUUAAAAUCAAAAUAUACAAGACAGAAUUGCCCGAUCUUGCAGGAAAGCAGGUCUGUCAGCACAACACUGUAUUUUAUUGUAUUUCAUGUUGAAAAUAUAAAUAAAAUUUCCAUUUUGAUGAUAAA